AUGAACAAAUACGUUGAAGAUACAUUCUACAGAAGACUUGUCGUUGUCAUCCUUGCAACUCUGAUAGCAGGUGUCCGAGGUGCUGCCAAUGGAUACGGAAUUGCCUGUGUAAGUGGAACCGAUACAUGUUCCGUUUCUGGCACGGCUUGUAUUGACGAUGGAACAAGCACCUCGACUAAGAAUUCGAAAUGUCUGUGUAAUGGAGACUAUGUUGCCAAUGCAGCAGUCGAUGCCUGUGUGAAGAAGUUUGGAAAGACGUGUUCUGCCGACGCCGACUGUUUAUCGUUUGGGACCUGCUCAACAACAUGUGCGUGUAGUAUCGGAUAUGUGGCCAGCAAGGACAGCACGAAGUGUCUUGGAAAUAUUGGACAAGCCUGUACGGCUGCCACAGACUGUGACUCGGCUAUGGGUGCUAUAUGUGACCUAAAUGCUGCAUCCGCUACUUGCAAACUCGAGUUUGGAACGACGUGUUCUUCAACCUCCGAAUGUUUAUCGUAUGGGACCUGCUCAACAACAUGUGUGUGUAGUAUCGGAUAUGUGGCCAGCAAGGACAGCACGAAGUGUCUUGGAAACAUUGGACAAGCCUGUACGGCUGCCACAGACUGUGACACGGCCAUGGGUGCUAUAUGUGACCUAAAUGCUGCAUCCCCUACUUGCAAACUCGAGUUUGGAAAGACGUGUUCUUCCACCGCCGAAUGUUUAUCGUAUGGGACCUGCUCAACAACAUGUGCGUGUAAUACCGGAUAUGUGGCCAGCAAGGACAGCACGAAGUGUCUUGGAAACAUUGGACAAGCAUGUACGGCUGCCACCGACUGUGACACGGCUAUGGGUGCUAUAUGUGACCUAAAUGCUGCAUCCGCUACUUGCAAACUCGAGUUUGGAAAGACGUGUUCUUCCACCGCCGAAUGUUUAUCGUAUGGGACCUGCUCAACAACAUGUGCGUGUAAUACCGGAUAUGUGGCCAGCAAGGACAGCACGAAGUGUCUUGGAAACAUUGGACAAGCAUGUACGGCUGCCACAGACUGUGACACGGCCAUGGGUGCUAUAUGUGACCUGAAUGCUGCAUCCUCUACUUGCAAACUCGUGAUACUGGCAUCGAUUGUCCUGAUCGCAGUAUCCCAGCUUGGGGUUUUCCUGUACUGUCUUUGA